AUGUCAAUUCUAGGCUACGCUGUGUACUUCGAUUACAAACGACGGUCAGAUCCAGCUUUUCGCAGAGCUCUGAAAAAAGAGUCAAGGCGAGAAGCUAGGGCUGUAAAAGAAGAAGCAGAGAAUCAGAACGCACAGCAGAAACAAGCAAUACAGGAUGUAGUUGAUCAGGCGAGACGGGAUGACAGCCCAACAAGCAUUGAAGAGAGAGAGGCCUAUUUCAUGGAGCAGGUUUCGCAAGGCGAAGGUCUCGUAGGUGACGAUUCGCGCAGACUCGAAGCUGCAACAUUCUUCUACAAAGCACUCAAGGUCUAUCCUAAUCCAAAGGAUCUCAUCGGAAUAUACGACAAAACAGUACCAAAGCCUGUGAUUGAUGUCUUAGCAGAGAUGAUAGCUCUCGACUCGUCGCUCAGUGGAAGUCUCUCGGGCUCAGGGCCUGGUUCUGAUCGUGGAAUUGAUGAUUGA